CAUCUUUUUUCUUUUUGUUCCUUUUUCUUGAUUACCUUCCUGCUUAUUUACUAAAACAAAUCACUUGCUCUUCUGAUUACUCUUUUGCCUUAUGAGUUUUUUUGGUGGUAACAAUCAAUGGGGUGGUCUUUUAAAGCAAGCUAUAUCCAACGUAGAAACGACAUUUGAUACUCUUUUAGAACAAUCUGAACACCCUCCAAACAACAAUCCAGAUGAAGAGACGGAAACAUAUGUGGAUCCUAUCAGUGGUAUGGUGACCACUGUUGCAAAGAAAAAGAAAGUAGCCGGCAAUACAUCACCAGCAACACCAAAGUCUACACCUCGCUCAAGGCCUUCCACACCACAAUCAGUAGCAUCAGCGACUUCUUCACCUUCUAUUCUACCACGACAGCAAAGUGAUCUCUCUGCACGACUAGCAGCUGUAAUGAAUGAAAAGAAGGCGCGCAGUUCCACUUCAUCUUCUCGUCCUGCGUCAGUUCAUUCCACAACUUCAUCAUUAGAAAAUUCCUCAACACCCAGUCCUGCGACACAAGUAACGAACGAUCCAGAGAAAGAUGGGGAUGCAACUGGUACUAUCGACCAAAAAGAACAACAACAAUCGAAAACACAAUCAACUGAUGACGAUGGCGAGGCUUCUUUGACUAAUGUUAAGGAUGACAACAGCAAUGCUCAGCUUCCACCUCCCUUGGGUAAAGAUAAUGAAGAAUUGGAUCUUUCAAGUGGCAAAACCGAUACCCUCGAUACCUCUGAAACAAAAGAUACAGAGAAAACAGAUCCAACGGACUCGGUUAAAUCACCAGAGAUAGAAACAGCAGCAACAGUGACAAACGAAGUAGAUGUAUUAAAAGAAGUUGAUCCAUUACGCGAUACUAGUAUUGAUCUUGGUGUCACCAAUUCGACCACUGAUACAUCGAAUAUUGUUAUACCAGCACCAAUCUCAUCAUCUGCUACCAAGUCAGCAUCAUCGUCAAAACAUGCAGAAACAGAUUUACCAGCUAUCACCAAUUCAUCAUCUACUGACAAUCAAAAUAGCUUGGAUAACAUUACAAAUUCAACUUCUUUAGAAACAGCAACUGAACGAAGCGACAAUAAGGUACCUACAUCUCCAAAGUCUUCCAGUAAUAAUAAUGAUGAUGAUGAUGAUGGAACAAUUUCUUUACCUCUUACUACUGGAGAUAUCGACAAGGAUAGGAUUUUGGCUCAACGAGAACAACAGCUAUUACAGUCUAUGGAAACUAUUGCCAAGUUACAUGAUCAGAUUCAUAGCUUGCAAGAAAGUGGCGAUCAGUCUACAACACUCAUCAAGUCUUUACAAAAUCAACUGGCAGAAAAAUCAACCUCUCAAGGAUCAUCAAAGAAUAUCAAGAAAUACGAACUUACAAUUCAAGAUUUAAAUAAACAACUGGGAGCAAAGGAAGAACAAAUCCAGGGAUUAUUACAAGAAGGUGAAAAAUUGUCCAAAAACGAACUGAAACAGGCCACCACUAUCAAGCGUUUACGUACAGAAAAACAAGAUCAGGAUAAAAGUUUGGCAGAUUUACAAAAAAAGUUGGACAAGAUCAAUGCCGAUUUGAUUGAUGCUGCAACAAAAUCAAAGCGAUCUUCAGAAAAUGAAAAACGAGCGAAAGGUAGAAAAAAGAAAAAUCAUUUCUUAUCUAUAAUUUAUCCUGUCAGCUUCUAAUCUAACUUAAAACUAGAAUCGAUCAAGAUGUUAACAGAAAUGACGGAAAAACAAACAAAACAUAUCAACAAAUUGGAAGCGGAAUCUUCUCAAUUAAAGGAACAACAUCAACAACUACAGGCUGAAUUAACAUCUACACUUGAAAAUUUGGAUAUGGAAAGGAAUAAAGCAAAGGUCGAAUCUGAACAAAUACAUGCUGCUGCAUUGGAAA